AAAGACAAUUGUAGAAGAAUAGUCCGACCCAAAAUAAUCCCAGCAGCAGCAGAAGAAGAAGAGCGCUAACCGUUAGCUUGUCACGGAAACGUAUUCUCCUAGCGUUAUCCUAGCUGACAGUUAUCCAAUGCCUGGCUAGCGUCGGUGCAGGUGUCGAAGAAAAUCCUCUGCUUGGAAAGAGAGGGAAGGUCGUAUUAAAGAGUUACUGACAGAGACCGACUCCUCUCUGGACAACAUGGAGAAACAGUUGCAUUUGAACCUGUUCCCCUCCAGACCUCCUCUGGCUGCUGGUCUCCAGUCAGGCUCCAAGAUGAAGAUGGGACCUGGACGGAAGAGAGACUUCUCCCCCCUGCCCUGGAGUCACUACUUUGAAACCCUCGAAGAUGUUGAGGUGGAAAAUGAAAAUGGCAAAGAUAUUUUCAGAAUUUACUGCAGUGGUGCCCAUGGUCCUGUGCUGCUUCUGCUCCACGGAGGAGGCCACUCUGCACUUUCCUGGGCAGUGUUCACUGCCGUCAUAUGCAGCAGGAUCAACUGCAGGGUGGUGGCUAUGGACCUUCGAGCUCAUGGUGACACCAAAGUGAAAAAUCCUGAUGAUCUCUCUGCAGACACGAUGGCCAAGGAUAUUGGCAAAGUGGUGGAGGUGCUCUAUGGAGACAACCCGCCUCCAAUUAUGAUUAUUGGACACAGCAUGGGUGGAGCCAUUGCAGUUCACACAGCCGCUGCCAAUCAUAUUCCAUCCCUGCUUGGCCUCUGUGUCAUUGAUGUUGUAGAAGGUACAGCAAUGGAUGCUUUGAACAGUAUGCAGAAUUUCCUCAGAAGUCGGCCGAAGACAUUUAAAUCUCUGGAGAAUGCCAUCGAAUGGAGUGUGAAGAGCGGCCAGAUCCGAAACAUGGAGUCAGCACGAGUGUCAAUGGGAGGCCAGGUGAAAAAAUGUGAGGAAUCCACCAGUAGUCCAGGUGUGUCUAAUAGCAUUGAAGGUAUAAUAGAAGAGGAAGAGGAUGAAGAAGUGGAGGAAGAAUCCAACAAGAAAAGGAUGAAGGAGGAUGACCAAGAGAUAAAAAAAGAAAGCAUCUUCACCUGGCGAGUGGAUCUGUCAAAGACAGAAAAAUACUGGGAGGGCUGGUUCAGAGGCCUGUCUGCCCUCUUCCUCACCUGCUCUGUGCCAAAACUACUUCUGCUCGCAGGAGUGGACAGGCUUGACAAAGACCUUACUAUUGGACAGAUGCAAGGGAAGUUUCAGAUGCAGGUCCUCCCUCAGUGUGGUCAUGCUGUCCACGAGGACGCACCAGAAAAAGUAGCAGAUGCUCUAGCAACAUUUAUGGUUCGGCACAAAUUCACUGAGUUUAAGGAAGGAUACCUGUGCUAAUUUCCGGUUUUCAGUCUAAAUAUAGCCAGCAGCCAUAGAAGAAAUGUUUCAAGAUUCAUCCACAUCCUUGUACAAUUUAACAGCAAAUUAAGAAAAAUAUAAUAAGCAUUAUUAUUAUUAUUAUUAUUAUUAUUAUUAUUUUGCUUUUGUUAUGUAGAUACUUUGCCUUUCAGCUUUGCCUUAUUUUUAUUUUGAAACACUGGGAUUUGAUUGUACUUUUCCUUUACAAUAUAUAUUUUUUAAGUAAUGCUCUCCUUGUUUAAUGUUUUGUUUUGAGUGAUUGCAUCAUUAUUCAUAUGUGUUUGUAAUGUUUGAAUUCAAACAAUGAUUAAAGGUGGAUGCAGCAAAACUGUCACCCAUGCUUGUAUAUUUGGUGUGUAUUAAAAGGACAUCGUGAUCAUUUUAAA